AUGCGUUGUUACUUCCGCACUAAGAAAAGGCAGUUCGUUACGAAAGCAAAGAAGCUUGACAAAGUUGUCCAAAAGACGCAGCGAUUACGAAGUCGAAAGAACACGAAGCGCCUACUACGAGAAAGAGCGCUUGAAGAGUCAACUUCAAUCAACGAAGAGAAUAAAGUUAAAUACAGAGAGAUCAUAACAGCUGAAUACAUGUCGUCGGAAGAUACAGCUUCGGAUGACCAGGUUAAUGCUGACAUGGAUUCUAAUGAAUCUGGGUCAGAAAACGAACAACCUGUGCCUAGAGCGAAAAAGUUCACCAUAAAAAGGUUACAGUGGCGGAGUAAUGAGUUAGACAAGCUGAUGACCAUCUUGGAUAAGAAAAUUGCAAGAAAAAGGGGCUCAAGAGGAAAUGGGAUGGUUUUCGAGAGAGUCCGUGGUUCUGUGCACUCACAAAGAACUGCACCAUUAGAUGCACCAAAAUGGGCCCUAAAUGAACAUACACAGUAG